UUUGAACAAGGCAGCCCCAAAGGCCUGUUUAUAGUCUCUUUAAAAUGACCCAUCAUCUCUGCAUCCAAGCGCUAGGCACCGGCGAAAACCCCAACCACCGAUCCCACUGGUUGUUCCUCAUAUACACCCCCACAGACGACUUCGGAGACAUCUACCAAGUCCUACCGAUAGACCUAGAAAGACUCUGGUAUCAGUACGAUCUCCGGGAGGCAACUACCAUCAAGACGCCCCAGGCGGUUGGAAUGUGCACGAUAGCUGUUCUGGACGCGAAGACGCGCUUGGAGGUUAUCCGCGUGAUUCAGAACGAACCGGCGCCGAGGGACGGGAAACGAAGAUGCCAGGACUGGACGGUCGAUGUGAUGAUUUCUCUCGAAGUGGAGGAGCUGGUUCAGCCGGGGACUGCAGAGAAAUGGAGCCAGAGGGUAGGAAUGACGGCGAGGGAGUUGGCGAGGAGUUGUGGAGAGGACUGGGUUGAGUUUAGGCCCUUGUGAC